AUGUUUAGGUACUUUGCGAUUCUUAGUAGAAUGCGAUCAAAAAAAUCUUCAGUUUCAACAGAAAUUUCAAUCCUAAUCAAAGAAAUCAAGGAUUCUCUGGCCAAUGCUAACAGUCAAGGAGUAGAUUCCAAGAAAAAAUGUGAAGAAAUAUCAUUAUUAUUGAACAGUGAAGCAGCAAAUUCAGAUUCAUUAAUAUCAGAAAUCCUUAAAAGCAGCAUUGCGUGAUACUUGAUCCCUGAUGAAAAUAUUUUUAAUUUGCUUUUCAGUCUUACAGAAAACUAUUUUCCAAAACAUAAAAGAAAUCUUCUUUCAAAUCUUAUAUCGAUAGAAGGAACAAGUGAAAAUUCCUUCGUGCCAAAUUUUCUUCAAUUAAAUGCAUAUUAUCAAAGCACACAUUCAUUGAGCCUGCUCCCAGUGAAAAUAGUCAAAUCUUCUCAGAGUACCAGUCAAGAAAAAUAAUAUCAGAAGGUUCUUCUAUGAUUGAGCAUUUUUCCUGAAACGAGCUAACCAAAAUCGUAAGAUUUAUGAAAAGAAAUGAUUACUAUGACUAUUGAUUACUAGACAAAAUAACACAAAAGUUUAUUUACAAUGAUCCUUCCUUUGAGCCUCUUAUUAACUAUUUGAAUUUGACAUGAACUCAUGAGCCUAUAAGCUUAGAGCUCGUUUAUAACUUCCGACAAAUAAUUAGUAAAUCGUCACUUGAAAUCCCAAUUUACAAUAUUCCUCAAAUUUUAAAUCUACUAAUCAAGUCAGGAGCCAAGUAUAAGCUUUUACCAUGAAAGGCGCCAUUUGGUUAUGAUUGGCCACGGCGUUUUUUUUUUUGGUCUGACAAGUAAGACCAAAUUAAAAUUUUUAAUCAAUUUUGGUCUGAGCAAGAUUACUUUUUCAGACCAAAAAAAGCAGCCCCGUGGCCAACUCAUGGUCAAAUGGCGCUAUUCAUGGGGAAAAUUUAUACAAUAUGCUGAAUAUUCUUAAUCUUCUAGAAAGAGUCGACUCAAUAUCCAUAAGAAAGUUAAAAACGUCCGAUCAAAUUACGCUUCUAAUUGCAUUAGUUAAGUGCAGAAGAAAUCAGAUUUUUGUUAAUCAAGAAGUGUUUGAUGCUCUUGCAGAAAUUAUAAAAAAAGGAAUAAAACGGCAUGAUGCUGAAUGCUUGGUAAUUAUUGGGAAGUUUUUUGCUGAGCUUGAUUAUUGUGAUGUUGAACUGUUUAAAUCGAUAAAAGAAACUGCUGAUAAGUUUGGAGAAGCUGAUGAGCUACUCGAAUACCUUCUCAAAACUUCACCUGAAAUUCAAGUAAUUUAA